UAUAGGCGGGGUGCAGGUAAAAAAAUGCGGAAGUGAAGAAAGUUAAGUGGGAACAAAAACAAAAAGAAAGCGGUUCGAAAUGCUCUCGAGGAAAGAUUAAAGACGUUAAAAGAAGGAUUUGAUGCAGUGCAAAUAUAAAAAGCUGCUCUUUCACCUGCAAAAUCAACCAUCAUGGGCCUGUGUGACGGCCUGUCCCACUGCAAACUGGCUCUGGCCAUCGCCGUGCUCAUGGACGUGCUGGGGGGCACCGCCCUACUACUGGGGGUCUUCGCCCCUCUAGAGGUGAAAGGACGAGACUUUGGCGACCUUCUUGUCUACACCGGCGCUCUGUUGGUGGUGCUGUCGCUGGGCGGCUGGGUGCUGUGGUACAGCGGAAACAUUGAAGGCCUGACGUCCCAAAAGGAGCUGGGACACGUCGGCAGCGCCGUGGACCGCCUGGCUCGUAAUCUCAGCCGCAAGAUCCGCACGUACAGAAUCCACCGCUGAGCCCCGGGAGGAGUCGGCGCUCAUUGUCAAGCAGCUUGUCCGAAACGUUUCACUUUCUCUCUAUGUGGAUGUUUGUACAUUUCGUAUUGUCACUCGAUGGUCCCUCCUUACAUUUCAAUAAAGAUAGAAAAAGAAAAU